GACAAGUUUAAAUCUUGGAAAAGUCCACGAUAUCCAUCCGUAUCGCUUGGAGAGAUCCUGUGAGCGGGGGUCUGCAGAUUCACGUUGGACCCCUGUUUCGGCCCGCCACUCCCAAGCGGUGAUUGGUUUGCAAAAGCAAAAGUGCCCACCCCGGUUCACAUGACACACCCCCAAUGAGACAAGUGUCUGUGGCGCCCCAGGUUCCUGCCGUGCACGGCCGCCCGCUGGAAAGAAGGCUGGACCACCCAUGACGUGUGGUUGGGGUUUUGAAGGCGGCCAACCACGGGCAGCAGGCGAAUGACACCGCCCGCCUCUCUGCUCAACAGCAAAGCCAGUCAGCCGCUCCGUUUGUCGCCAUCAUCAUCGAUCUCUCAUCAACUUGCAAAAUAAUCACCCCUCAGAAACUUGUUGAUUUUCACACGCGGAAUCAACCAUCAAUCCGCCAUCAAAAUUCCACGACAACAGAAUCCAGUUGUCACCGGGCCAUCAUCUUCCCCCGCAUUUUCCCCGUUCUCCACCGAUAACUAGCCCUCACCAUGAGGUUCUCAACAACCCUUCUCGCCCUUGCCACGGCGGUCAGCGCGAACCCCCUCAACACCUUCCGCAGUGAGAAGCAAUCACUUGUCCGCCGCGACGAUCUUCAAAUUCCCGGUGAUAACCCCCUCAAGUACUGCGAUGCCGACCGCGGGGACGAUAUCAUCACUAUCGAGAAGGUGGACUUGAGUCCAAACCCACCUGAGGCUGGCACCACCCUCAUCAUCGAGGCCAGCGGCACGGUCAAGGAGACCAUCCUCGAAGGCGCUUACGUCAACCUCCAGGUCAAGUACGGCUACAUCCGCCUCAUUAACACCCAGGCCGAUCUCUGCAAGGAGAUCAAGAACGUCGACCUUGACUGCCCAAUUGAGAAGGGCAAGAUCUCCAUCACCAAGUCUGUUGACCUCCCCAAGGAGAUCCCACCUGGAAAAUACACCGUCGAGGCCGACGUCUACACCGUGGACGACGAACACAUCACCUGCUUGACCGCCACUGUUGUUUUCGGCAAGAAGUCGUUCGGCAGUAUCCUUGGUGACUUGUAG